UUCUUUCCCCUGAUCCGUCAAGGAAGCAUAGGCAGAGAAGAAGUGUUUAUUUUUACAUAUUAUUUUCUUAUUUCAAAUUAUAACCUUCCUCCUCCUCUAGAGAGAGAGAGAGAGAGAGAGAGAAAGAAUGGCAGCCUCUGUAGCAUCUGCUUCUUCAGCUGUGAGCCUUAGCAGGAGGGGAAAUGCAUUUCUUGGGGGCUUGUCUUCCCCCAAGGGAAUUAUUUCAGGAUUGCCCUUGACGCCAUUGAGUUCAAGAAGAAGAGCUUCUUAUUCUUAUUCUGGUUUUACUGUGAAAGCCAUCCAGACUGAAAAGUACCAAGUGAUCGAGCCUCUAAAUGGUGACCCAUUCAUCGGAGGGCUCGAGACCCCGAUAACAUCGAGCCCACUUAUUGCGUGGUACCUCUCCAACCUCCCAGCCUACCGCACCUCAGUCAGCCCACUCCUAAGGGGAAUUGAGGUUGGUUUAGCACAUGGUUUCUUGCUCGUUGGACCCUUCGUCAAGACUGGGCCCUUAAGGAACACACCCUAUGCAGGGACGGCCGGUUCCUUAGCAGCUGCUGGUUUAGUGGUCAUACUAAGCAUAUGUCUCACGAUGUAUGGAAUUGCUUCAUUCAACGAAGGGGAGCCUUCAAUUGCACCAACGCUAACCCUGACAGGUCGUAAGAAGGAGGCCGACAAACUACAGACAGCCGAGGGGUGGGCUGGCUUCUCGGGCGGUUUCUUCUUUGGUGGGAUAUCCGGGGUUAUUUGGGCUUAUUUCCUUCUGUAUGGGUUGAACCUCCCCUACUACAUCAAGUGAAACGGGUGGUCUUUUUUCAUGUAAUGUAUGUGUAUGUCAAUAUUGGUAUCUGGUAUUGUGCAACAUGUUGUAGCUAUUGAUUACUCAAACUUGAUUAAAUCAUGGUGAUUAGUGAAAUGUUUUGGUAAGUUCAAGAUUAAA